CUUAUGGCUAGGGAUCAGCUAUUUCCUGCUACGUCCAGCAGUGAGCCCGGCUUUGAGCAGCUGCCUCUAGACACUACUUUUCCCACGUACUGGAAGACACUAAUGUCAGGUGGGGCAGAGGAAAAAAGAAGACAAAAAUUCUGAAAUGGAGAGAAAAUAACAUGGGAAUACAAGAAAACUAUUAGGUCCAGAGAUGCCACUAGCAUGUUUGACAGACUUUCAGGCCCGUGCACGAGAGCAUCUGUCUAAGUCAACUUGGGAGUUUAUUGAAGGAGGAGCUGAUGACAACUUCACACGGGAUGACAACAUUGCAGCAUUUAAAAAAUACCGCCUCCGUCCCCGGUACCUGAAAGAUGUGUCAGAGGUGGACACCCGGACCACAGUCCUAGGAGAGGAGAUCAGCGCCCCCAUUUGCAUCUCACCCACAGGUUUCCAUUGCCUCCUUUGGCCUGAUGGAGAAAUGAGCACAGCCAGAGCUGCCCAGGCAGCAAGUAUCUGCUACAUCACCAGCACAUACGCCAGCUGUGCCCUUGAAGACAUCGUGGCUACUGCUCCCCGGGGCCUCCGGUGGUUCCAACUCUAUGUGCAGCGAGACCGGCAGCUGAACAAACAACUGAUCCAGAGGGUAGAAUCCCUGGGUUUCAAAGCUCUGGUAAUCACUGUGGAUACUCCCAAAGUUGGCAACAGGAGACAUGACAUUCGAAACCAACUGGACUUAAAGAUUAACCUACUGCUAAAAGAUCUUAGAUCACCUAAGGAGGGAAAUACCGUGCCUUAUUUCCAGAUGUCCCCCAUUGACCCAUCCAUCUGCUGGAAUGAUCUCUCCUGGUUUCAGAGUAUAACUCGAUUGCCCAUCAUCCUUAAAGGGAUCUUGACGAAAGAGGAUGCGGAAUUAGCUGUGAAGCACAAUGUCCAAGGCAUCAUUGUUUCCAACCAUGGUGGGAGGCAGCUUGAUGAGGUCCCUGCUUCUAUCGAUGCCCUGACAGAAGUAGUGGUGGCUGUGAGAGGAAAAAUGGAAGUGUACCUAGAUGGUGGGAUCCGUACCGGCAAUGAUGUGCUAAAGGCCCUGGCCCUUGGGGCUAAGUGCAUUUUUCUGGGAAGACCAAUCCUAUGGGGUCUUGCCUGCAAGGGUGAACGUGGUGUUGAGGAAGUUUUGAAGAUUUUAAAAAAUGAGUUCCAUACUUCCAUGACCCUUACAGGCUGCCGGUCUGUUGCCGAGAUCAGUUGGGACCUGAUCCAGUUCUCCAGGUUGUAAGGAAAGACAGCUAGCACCAGACUGCUGAGUGUGCCCACAGAAGGAAGACGUGCUCACACCACAGGACAUGCAUGCCUUCCUGCCUUGGCCCCAUCCUGUCCAGCAGCCUUUCAACCACACCAGUCUUUGUGCUUCAGGACCCCUAAAACCUUUAUCUUCCUCAAGUGUGCCAUGCUCUUUUUU